AUGUCUCUCAGACUGCAAGGUGGCUACCCACCUCAACAAGGUGGAUACGGUCAACAACAAGGAUACUACCAGCCUCAACAGCAGCCUAUGUAUGUUCAACAACAACCUCCACAGCAAAAGAGCGGUGGAUGUGGAUGUUAUGGUGGAUGUCUAGCUGCUCUUCUUGCUUGCUUCUGCUUGGAGGAGUGUUGCGGUCCUUAA